CCUCAUUGGUGUAUUCAAAUAAAAAGUAUUUUCCGUCGAGAAAAUGAUGCAGUAGCUAAACUGUUUCAGUUGAUAAUUAUUAUUAUUAUUUAUUUAUUUUUUACAAAUUCUGCUAAUAAUAAUAAUAAUAUCUCUGUUGAUUUGAACUGGCGACGAUGAGUUGCCGUCAUCGUUUGAUACUCUGCGUCCUCUUAUUGCUAUUUGAUGAAGGGUCACUGAGGUACAUCCCAUUCCCAGCAGCACCCCUCAUCCCUGUUGCCUACACAUUGGAGCCACAGGGAGACCUCUCAACAAGUCAAGAUGUCUUCACUCCUUCCCCAUCAAAUCUUCUGAACCAAAUUCACCACAAUCCUACACCAGCAUUCAAAGAUCAGCACAACACACCAUCCCAUCAAGAUAUUAUUGAUCUAUCUGGAUUUUCAACCAUUAGCUAUACUGACCACUUUGACUCAAUAUCCACAACUUCUCCAAGUGGUGGUCUCAAAUUCAAUGCCAGUCAAUUUAUCAAUGAUCAAACAUCAUCAUCAUCAGCUCACGAUGUUGGCUACACUGAACGGAUAGACAACGAAACUAAAAUGGCGACCGCUAGUGGUUGGAAUAACAGCAGUGAUGUUACACCUUCCUCUUCUUCUGCUGUUUCUUAUUCUGAGCUAAACAACUCUCUUGUUGGAACCAACAUUAGCCAGAGCAACGCUAGUGGCCACACUGAAGAUCUCUCUGUGACUUUGGAGGACAGUCCUCAUCCGAACGGAUCUGUGGUGGUGCUGGAAACAAGUGAUCCGUUAGCUGAUCUAAACGUUGAUCCUAUGUCAGCCCCUGACGUCAUUGACUUCUACACUCAUCGGACAGUUUCUGUCUCGGUCACCGAUGACCUUGGCAACACUAGUCUUAGUUUACAUCGUAACAACACUAACGUUACUGUCACAGUAGAUACUAGUGCAGUAGUUACUGAGACGGCAGCGCAGGCUGAACCGAACACAGAUUUGAUGCUGGGCCUGGAGGAGGAGGAAGAGCGGGAAGAAGAGGAGGAGGUAGAGCGGGAAGAAGAGGAGGAAGAAGCCAGUGGCCAUCUUAAUACUGCUCAGGAUGCUUCACUCUCAGACCCCCUGAUCGACGAUAUUAAUCAUGCUUAUGUGAUAACAGGUGACUAUAAUGUUAGCGCUGAGGCUAAUGACUCUGUGAUCACAGGUCACUAUAAUGUUAGCGCUGAGGCUAAUGGCUCUGUGAUAACAGGUCACUAUAAUGUUAGCGCUGAGGCUAAUGACUCUGUGAUAACAGGUCACUAUAAUGUUAGCGCUGAGGCUAAUGGCUCUGUGAUAACAGGUCACUAUAAUGUUAGCGCUGAGGCCAACUACUCAUCCUCAGUUGCUAUUAGUGGCUUCAGCGACAAAUUGUACUUUAUAAGAGAAGAAGCAAAUGCUCACAAUGAAAGUCAGGAAGCCGUUACCCUUUCCUCUUCUGCCAUUGGCUACACUGAAUAUGAAGAUUCCAUCGAAGUGACCAAUGACUACCAGGGUACUGUUACCAGCGGAGACGAAGGAACAACAUCACCUACGCUUACUAGUACCAGCGUGGAGCAGAGUGGCGAGAAUGAGAACCAGGAAGUGCUUCCUAUUGCGGCUCCUAUGAUUGGGUAUCCUUCCUUGGAGUCUGUGGAUCCUAAUGAAAGCACCACAAAGUCAACUGUUGUGCUGAACCACAUUGACUAUAUUGACUCUGAACCUAGUUACUCUAACCACUAUGUGAAUGUAGCCAGCAGUGAAAAAUAUGCCCACUCUUCAUCCUCCUCCUCCCCUCUUGAACCUGACAGUGACCACCUCCAAUCUGCUGAUGAUGCUGAACUAGAGGUACUAGGCUCUGGGUUGGAGGAAGAGGAGGAGAAUAGGAGCGGAGAGAACAACUGUAGCAGCUGUAGCUGUGGUAACACCACCUCCAGUGCCAGUCACCAUCCCACCACCACCAUUGACAACACUGACUAUGAUUGGGGCUCGGCUGAAGUCAGUACGACAGGUAACCAGGGUAACAGCACAGCAGACAUUGAAGUCCCAACUGAAGUUAGUAGGAUUGUUCAGGGAAACAGCAGCAGCAUCUCCAUGGUACCUUCUGCUGAAAGCAGCUCUGUCCAUGGUAACUACACAGUCAUUGUUCUAUCUGACUACAGUGAUAACAUCACCAGCACUACUCUGACCCCCACCAACCGUACCAGAGAAGGGGUUGUUGUGAGUACCACCCCCACCGCCGUGCUUGAGGAACCCACAGGAGAGAGCCGAUGUGGGACUGCAUGUUCUCCCAGCAAGGCUCUACCCUCCACCACCACCAGUCUGGAAGCCAAACAGGAAGAGAAGGACCAGAAAGCGUCUGAUGCUGUAAAGAAGCCCGUGUCAUUGUGGAACAGGGGCCGCUCGUUGUGGCCUCGGUUUCCAUGGAUGCGCAGGUUUUAGAACUACGGAUCUCUGGGACCGGGAACAUUUUUUGAGGGGAACCAAAUCUUAGGGGAACAUUUUUGAGGGGGAACAGUUCUGAGGGGAUUAAUGAAAGAUAAGAGAUAUUAAUAUUUGUAUUGUUUUUUUAGAUGUUGACAUGGAUGCAGUAUUUUGGGGGUUUAAUGUUCGUGCAUGUCCACUAUGUUGUUGUACACUACAAUAUGUAUAUUUUAAAUAAAUAGUCCUCAAUA